UCAGAGAAGAGCCCCUAGCUGCUGUCUGAAGACAAAAGGAAAACAAGGCAGUCUCUGAGCAGAUCUUCAGGAAUUCUCCUUUAAGAGAAGAACCCCUCAGCUUUGGUUGUUUGAAAACAAAGGGAGAGAUUGGAAGCUGAGAGCAAUGCUUGUUGCAGUGAUUCCCAAGAAGCUGGUCACAAAACAACUGGUGUUUGUAUUCAUAUUACAGACGACAAGUGGCCAGUAUUUUAAGCAAGCAAAAUCUCCAGUACUUCCACACAACCCAUUUAUUGCUGUGUGGAAUGCCCCAACAGAACAGUGCAGGCUCAGGUAUAAGGUGGAUUUGGACCUCAGUGUUUUUGAUAUAUUUUCCAACUCCAAUGAGACACUCAGUGGGUCAACCAUCACCAUAUUUUAUCACAAUCAUCUAGGCAAAUAUCCUUACUUCACCAAAAAUAAAGUUCCUGUAAAUGGAGGAAUCCCCCAGAACAUCAGUCUUAAGGAACAUUUGAAGAAGGCCAGGGCUGACAUUAAGAAAGUCAUCCCAGUUGAUGACUUCAGUGGUCUUGGGGUGAUCGACUGGGAAGACUGGAGACCUCUGUGGGUCCGAAACUGGGGUCAUAAAAAUAUCUAUCGGAAAAAAUCCAUUCAAAUUGUGAGAAAGCUUCACCCUAACUGGCCAGAAAAAAAAAUUAAGUUAGAAGCCAGGAAAGAAUAUGAAAAUGCUGGGUGGAAAUUGAUGAAUAAUACACUGGGGUUAGCAGAGAAGAUUAGACCGCAUGGCCUCUGGGGGUUCUAUCUCUUCCCAGAUUGCUACAACCAUCACUAUAAGAAAGACCCAAAGAAAUAUACUGGGAAGUGUCCUGCAAUUGAGUACAAACGUAAUGACAAGUUACUCUGGUUAUGGGAAGAAAGUGGCGCUCUCUAUCCUUCCAUCUAUCUACCACUUGAAUUGAAGUCAAGCCCAAAUGCAUUGAAAUUUGUCCAUUACCGACUGAAAGAAGCUAUCAGAUUAGCCUCCAUUGCCAUAAAGGAUUACACUCUUCCCGUCUUCGCAUAUGGACGUCCAUUUUAUGCCUAUGAGUUUGAGCCUCUCACUCAGAUUGACUUGGUUCAUACAAUUGGUGAGAGUGCUGCCAUGGGGACUGCUGGCAUCAUUCUUUGGGGAAGCAUCAAUUACGCAAGAUCAAAGAAUCACUGCUUAGCAGUGAAACAAUACGUGGACGGACCCCUGGGACAUUAUAUUGUUAACGUGACGUCUGCUGCAAAGUUGUGCAGCAAACAUCUUUGCAAGAACCAUGGCAGGUGUGUGAGGCAGAACAGUAACUCCAAAACCUACCUUCACCUGGAUCCAAACAGUUUCAAAAUCCAAGCCAAUCCUGAAGGAAUGUAUCCCAGAUUUUCUGUGAAAGGGAGAAUGAACACGAGGGAUAUCAAAGUCAUGAAAAAAAAGUUCACAUGUCAGUGUUACGAAGGCUGGAUUGGGAUAUCUUGCGAGGUACCUGUGCUUGAGAUUCCUUCUUUGGAUAAAAAUGUCCAGAGCACGGUAAUUAGAAAAAAUUCAGCACCGCUGCUACCAUUUUCAUUGGCCACUCCUGUUGUCUUUCAGCUGGUUUUUCAAACCUUUUAUUUUCAACACUAGAAAAAGCUUUAAAGUCUGGUUGAAGAUUUGUAGCUCGGGUGUCCGUUGUUGUGGUUCUGUUCGCCGAGCUGGAAGUUUUUGCUGCAAACGUUUCGU